UUUACUACGUGACGUCGUGGGCUGAUGGAAAAGAAGAAAAAUGGGGUUGGCUCGGUGCUGACGGACGACUGGGAGUCGGACUUGGCGGCAAUCAUCGAGAAAACCAACCAGAACCUCAACUUGUUGCGAAAGAUUGGCGAGAAGCGCGAAGAACCCAAACUGACGUCGGGGCUGCUGUCUCGGACGCGAUCCAGUCCGUUGAUGAUGAAUUCCAAUGCAAAUGACUAUCGAGCCACAGCAGAGUCGUCGUCGUCGAUCAGCAAGUGGAAGAAAGUUCUGGACGAAUCCACCACGAUGAAGCGGCACAUUGCCACGAAGAUCCUCGAUUCAACCAAGACAAAGUCUGAUGCAGCGAGGGGGGCAUGGGACGCCACGACGUUGACAAACCACGACGGGCAACGAGAGACUACAAAGCCAACAUCGUUUCAGCCACUUGUGCCUAUGGACGACGUAAGAAAGAGCCUCGAAGUAGACAUUGCCGCUCGCGCCAAGACGAUUGAAAACAUGGUGAACGACCAACGUUUGGACUUCAAACGGCUUGCAUCCGAGUGUGCGGCGUCGAGAACCAAGACGGACGAGAUUGUCCAAAUGAUUGACACCAAGAUGCAACGACUGGAAGCGUUUGAGAUGGAUGCGACCAAGGCGUUAGAGUCGCUGCCACGAGUGGAAACCCAAACCAUCGCGUUGCUCAAGUGGAAAGGGAUGGUCGAAUACGACAUGCAAUCUGCCACGUUGAAAUUGGACUCGGUCGUGUCGGCGCAAGACAAGUGGACACGGCUUGAACGUCAAGUGUCGGACAUCGAGCUCAAGUUGCAACGACUGCCAACCAUGGAUGAUCUCGUCGAGACAUUGACCAAACGUGUCCAAGAACUCGAGCGGCAAGUGUCGAAGACUAAUGCAGAUGGACAUGGGAUAGCACAUGCGGUGAAAGUGGCCGUGAACAAAGCUAUGCAAACAAUGGACGACCGCGUGACCAAGCGAAUCGACGAUGCGACCACCAUGCACGACACGAAAACCGCCAGUUUCGUCAAGACAUUGAACAGCCAGCGGGAACAUGCUGAAAAGUCGAUGCAGUUUGCAUUGGAUGCAAGCAUAAGCGACAUCCACGUGGAAAUCGAUCAAGUCACGAAACGAAUGGAGACUCGUGUCCAUGAUUUGCACGUUUCCAAUGACACCCGCGUAACUGCACUGACCAAGCGCAUCGCGGCAGUGGAAGUCGCCAUCGCAGACGUCGACAGCAACCCCACCUCUGACAUCACCGACGAGCAACAUCGAAAGCUCCAGACUCGGUUGGAUUCGUGUGUGACCAAGCAACAAGUGGGGGCGGUGGUAGCUGAACAUAUCGAGUCGUCGGUAGGUCUUCGGCGAAUGGAAACGUCGCUGGCCAAAACUCAACAAGACCAUGACCGCAAAUGGACCGAGGUGCGCCAAGAGCUGUCAACCACGCAGGACGACCUGGCUCGAGUCCAUGGGACGAUUGCCUCGAUACAGUCGGCGAUACACAAGACGUCAAGUGUCGAGAACCAAGUGCUCCGAGCCAAGUUGCUCCAAUCUGUGACCGAGUUGGACGAGCUGCACCAAGUUAAACAUGACAUGACUGCACAUUUCGACCGACGCAGCAAAGAGCACGACGCGGCGGUGGCGGCGUUAACCGCGCAAGUCGCCGCCGCUGACAAGAAGCGCGAGGACGACGUGGCCACAUUGACCAAGGCGUUGACGGAGAAAUCUGUCCAGGUCGCAUCGACCCAAGGGAAACUUACGGGGCUGCAGGAGUGCUGGAACCGCGACGUUGAGCAAAUGCAAUCAACGAGAGCCAGCAUGCUCAAGGCGCAACGAGAGAGCGCCGACAUGCGGACGGCGUUGCAAAAGUGUCAGGGGGAUGUGGCCCGUCAGAACGUUGAGAAACAGCAUCUCGUCGACGCCAUUCGAAGACUCACAAGUCAAUGGACAACGGCACGAGAUGAAGCGGUGCAGGCAAAGGGCACAUUGCACCAAGCCACGCAACAACACACUGGACGAGUGCGUCUGUUAGAGUCGACUAUUGCCAAACUUCAGGUGGUGCACGCCUCGACGAUGCUGAGAGACGCAACUGUGUCGUCCAGUGCAUCACGGGAAGUCGCUCGGCUUACGAGCGACUUGGCAUCUACGCAAGUGGAAUUACAGUCAGUGCAAGAAGAACUACAGGAAGUGUCGGCAUCCAAGUUAAAAGUGGAGGCGCAGUUGAACACAUGCUUGCUGCAGAUGCAAUCGGGUAAUCGGCAGGAUGAAAUCGGUCGUGCAGCUCAAGCAGCACGACAGGUCGCCUUGGACAACGCCCAGAAAAAAAUGAAAGAGCUCAUGACGAGAGAACACGACGUAGCGACAGCUGUCGAAGCCCUAUUGACCACGUUGAACAUGACUCGGACUCCAGCGGUGGAACCUUCGACGAUGGUGGAUACCCUGCAAUUGAUUCAAAACACAGUGAGAGAGUGGCAUACACAGAAACUCGUUGGUGCGGACAACGCUGCCAUGGACAAGCUACAACGCUUAGUGGACGCGAAUCAAGUGGAGUUGACUGCGCAGCAAGUGGCGUGGGAGGGCAAGCUUCAGGCAUAUGCAGGCCAGUUACAGGCGGUGUUGGACCAAAAGGCCGACGUCGAGGCCGACUUGGCCCAACUCAAAAAGCAACUGGAGCUCGAAUUGGCUCGACAACAACAAGUUGAAGUUGACGCGGCGGCGGCGAUCGAAGCGCAUAUCGCCACAGAACGACAACUGCAAGACAAAGUAUUCGAGCUGGAAGCCAUGGUAGCCGCAAUUACAAGUCAAAAGACUUCGAUGGAGUCCAACUUGACGGCGCUUCAAGCCACACAUAUGAACGCUACUCGUGAUGCCCGAGGUACCAGCGACAGUGUGAUUGCCUCGUUGAAACAAAAGUUGAAAGACGCUCAAGCCAAGCACGACGAUGCGACGCAGCAGGCAGCGGCGUUGGAAGCCAAGCUAAAGGGCCUGCAAGACUCGAAUAAAACGUUGACAGAUGAGUACAACUCUGUAUGCCACGUCCUGGACCAGUGCAAUGUCGCCCUGAAUGCUACCGAGGAGGACGUGAAGACUUUGCAGUUGCAGUUGACCCAAGCUCAAUACCAGGUGCAAGAGCGCGAAGCCAAGUUACAAACGGCUCUGGCAAAGAUUGACUGUGUGACCGAGGACAAGGACAGGGCAGAGUCGACGUUGCUGCAAUUGCAAACUGAACUAGCGACAGUCCAGCAUGCUCAAGUGGACGCAGCCAAGACGGACCAAUCUCAACUGGACCAAGUACGAGCCAAGGUGGACGUCCUCGUACAGGAGAAACAGGCAGUGGAAGCCAAAUUGUUGUUAGUCGCAGCACGUGAAGAGGCCUUGCACGAGGAGCGAGCGCAGUUGAAAUUGCAAAGUGAUGCACGGGAGCUAGAAGUGCAAAGUCAAGUCAAAACUCUCACGGACGCAUUGAAGGCGGAGCAGGACGCGACGGCAACCCGAGAGGUGGAACUGAACGCAUUGAUCGAGCAUAUUACCAUCACAACCCCUUCCAGCAACCAUACCGUCAAGUCGAAUGGCGACGGCAAUUCUGUAGCGACCCUCAAAGCAGCCAUUGAUAACGUCCUAGAAGCGACGGUGGUAAAGACACAAACCCUAGACGCUGUCGUACAGUUGCUUCACAAGUGUGUGGCGCACGACGACAACGACGGGCCAACUACAGUUACGUCAUUCGUGUUGGCCAACUUACCCGAAUUGCAGCCGGUGUUGUGCCAGAUUAAAUCGCUCCAUGUGGAAAAAACUCAAACGACUGCCCGGGUACGAGAACUCGUGGGGGAACUGCAAACCCGGGACCAAGAACAAGAGCAGCUGCAGCUUGAAGUGGACGCCCAACGAGCGACCAUCGCGGCCUUGCAACAUGCUAAAGACAUGAUGGAGACCAACUCGGCAGUGUCCAUCCAAGACUUGGAAGCUACCAAGGCUCAGUGGAAAGAAAGCGACAUCCUUCAUCAAGCCACGAUCAAAACCCUCACUGCAGACUACGACAAGGUCGUUUGUCGCGAAAAGCUUGUGCGGGAACAGCUGGAAUCGCUAGUGCAGAAAUGCCAAAGCGAGCUGGAUGCCAUGCAAGCCAACACCAUUGAUGACCUCGAAGAGAAAGUGGCCUGCUUGGAAGCUGACAUCCAGCGCUACGCGACGGACCUAGUUCAACAUGAAGCCGCUCAAGCCAAGACGAUGGCUGACAUAGAUAAGGAGCAAGAGGGCAUGCAGCGUCUUCAACGAGACUUGGCCAUGUUGAGAAACCAAUUGAGCAUGGCGCCAUCGGUGUUGUAUCACAUCAAUCACAUGCACGGAGCCAUCACGGCACCAGGGAACAGUGCCGUCGGUCGAGACCGAGCACGCAUUGCGACGAUGCAAAGCCAGCUCGCGGCCGAAGUCGAAGUGACCGCGUUGCAAUUGACAUUGAAGGGCCUAGACAUUUCCUACGUGGUCAAUUCCAUCCAGCGAUUGCCACAAUUGGCUGAACGGUUGGCCCAGCUGUCUGUCACGAUAAACAACACGACGGUGGUACGACGAUGCGAAUGGCGGGGGAACAAUAUACAAACUGCGGCUGACCUGUCGGCCCCUUCCAGGGGGAAUGAUUCACUACUCGGACGGAUCGAGGCAUCGCAUGCAAAUGAAACAACGAAGAGCGAAGCGACGGCAUUGGCGUCAAAUAUCAAUUCCGAGUCUGCAAACCAGUUGGCUUCACAUGCCUUGCAUGGUUUGUAUGGUCGCACAGCGGUUGUUAAUGAGGUCGUCACAUCAGCCUUGCGUCAAUAUGACGGUGACGAAGAAGUUCCCUCCAAUCCAGACAACUUUGACGACGAUUAUGACGAGUCAGUGUCUUCCAUGGAAGCAUCAGUCGACAACGAUCGGCUGGGCAUUCAAAGCAGCGGUGACGGACGGCGCAGCCCUCGCACCUCCUCCAAGGACGGGCACGAGUCUGUCGACAUUCGCAGCGAUUUGGCACCAAUGACCCUCAUGGAUACAUCUGCGUACUUGCAACUUGACCAGAGGGUCCUUGCACAACACCAUGAAGACGACUCCCAUGCAAAAGUACCCAACGCAGGGAACUUGCAGACAGAAUCCAUCGCUGUAAAGCAGGCUAUUUCAGAGUCGCAGCCGAACGCCGAAGAUGUGGCGACAUCCAAACAACACGAUAACGGUGACGAUGACGGCAAUGAGGAUGAGGUUGGGUCCAGUGCACAUGAUGACGGUGACGAAGGACAACAGUCGCGUGCGUCCAUGGAUGUAUCGAUGGACGACAUGAUUGCAUCAAGUACCAUCCUCGAGUCGUCGAAUGAAAGACGUGCAGAACGUGUGGAAGACGAAGGCGCACAUGUGCUUGGUUCUUAUGAGGGCAACAUGGGGAAUUCAGUCGAAGCACUACAAGUGAAAGGUGGACAGAACCGCCCUCCGACAGGAGUCGAGAAGGAACUCCAAGCAAUACACGGAGCGACGACAUUGCAUGCGACUGAAGAAACGGCACCAGGGGACAGCCCUAUGAGUGCGCGAGCAGCAAGUCCACACAACAGUGGUGGCGAUAUCGAGUCCAACCCAGACGACGACCAAGUUGGAGAUGAUUCAGUCGCAGGAUGGGUUGAAAGUGAACGGCCGAGUUCACAUCGAAUGGACACAUCGUGGCCAGCCUCAUCGACCCCACCAAGUAUACACGGUGUUGAUCAAGUAGAAGACGAUUUCGAAUCGACCAACAGAAAAGUCGACACCGUUCCCGUUCUAAACCAGAGUGCUUCUUCAAGUCUCUUCGAAAAAGAUGCGACCUCAUCGUCGCUGUCGAGUGCUAGCUCAGCUCCAGCGCCAGCAUUGUCCCCGUUAGCCCUCCGACACAACUUCGACGAUGAUGUAGAUUUGGACAUUGUCCAAGGAUUGAUGCUGGAGAAAAUGCAGCAACAUUCUGCCGACCAACAUUUUGGACACGACGAUUCUUUCGACGACAGUUUUGAUGCACCUGCGUCGCCAGUACAUGGUUCGAGCUCCCGUCAUGACGACAGUAGUGUCGAACAAAACUCAGAUGGUGAAGAAGCGUUGUCUGAAGCCUUUGGCCGAGACAAAGUUGCUGUACCGCCUGAGCCAUUCCAUGGGCGCGGGGCCCCAGAUGACACCACCGAAAGUGUCGAGAUGAGCCGACUCCCGCGUGAAAAUAUCAUCGUUUCUCAUUACGAGGUUGUGGACCAAGUUCAACUUUCCGCGGACGAGCAGGACGAUGGAUCAUACGUCGAUGAGAUGGACGAGUCCUUGAAUGAAUCGUCUCUUGAUCAAUCAACCGAAACCUUGAAGCCACGACUUGGCCACGAGGUUUCGCCCCAGCACCCACCACAUCUUGGACGCCAUGAUUCCCAAGAAAGGACAGAGUCAAAUGACCAAGCGAUACACAAAUUACAUCCUUCAACCGGUUCGAAGGAUGGUAGUGUUGACCAGUUGGUCCAGGACAAGCCAAGGGCAGCGAACGACACUGAUGCGAUGCGUGGACAAAACGACAGCGAGGACAACAGUGGAGAAGUCCUCUUGUCUGACGGCGAAUCUGAAGCGUCGAUGGAUGCAUCUAUCGACGAAGUGUCACCGAGGCGAGUGGGGGCCAUGACAAAAGUGCACAAUGACACACCUGGGGCUGCAAUAACUUUUCAAGUGUCUCCAAUCGAAAGCAGCGACAACAACAUCGGAACACCCUUGGCAACAACCUCGCAGUUAUUGCCAAUAUCGGGCACGGCAACAGCGCCAACUUCUUCCGCUCAAGAGCGUCCGGCAUUGCCGAGUCAAACCAACGAUACGGACGUAGCUGGCGUGGAUGUUAAAGUGCAAAGUCGGUAUCCGUCCGAUGCAAAGGAGUUCCUGGAUUCCCAUGAAGUCUCGUUCGACGAUUCAAAGGACGACCGUGCGAUAGUGUCCAAAGUGCAAACUGUACAUGGUGACGAAGGAGACUACCUGACAUCUGAUGACAAAGACAUAUCGGGAGAUGUGAACCAGGACCUGGACGUGUCCCAAAGCAUGUCGAUUCAACCAAUCGUCCCCCCAAUCCAUGCCGUUGAAGGAACUGGUCCAGAGCUUGGACACGGAGAAUUCUUCACCGGCACGGAUGAAGCCAAGGCGAAAGCGGCUGUCGUAUCAAAGCUGAAGGCUGACGCCACGGACUUGGAGGAUGUGGAACGACUUCUGACAGAGCAAUCUCAAACUGCAACUGCCACCUCGAAGGAUGACACGGGCUUUGACAACUCGUUUGAUGCAUCGUUUGACGACGAUGCUGGACAUGACGACGAAACCCACCAGUCCGAGGACGAAGAUUUAUCCGAUUUCGAAGAUGGCGAUCAUGUUGGGGGCGAAGUAUAUGAGAUCGACACCAAGGCAACACAUGUCGGCGGUCAGGGUGGCCCAUUGAAGUCCCUCCUUGGCGAUUCAGGUCACGUAGCGGUGGAACUUCAGAUCGCGGCGACGACUUUACUCGAACCAAACGCUCCAUUGGGUGGUAGUGUACACCACCACGAUAGCGGGGAAGAAGUCGACUCAGAUGUCGGCGAAUGUGACGAGGACAUGGAGCAGUCAGGCGAAGAGUCACGCAGUCGCGACUUGGAGUCGCCCCCACGACUUACAUCAAGCAGUGAUUCACAUCCCGUUGCCCUUCACGAAGCAGGGAGAUUUGUCCAAGGAUCAGUUGAAUUGCAUUCGACAACGGCAAUCAAUGGCAAGCCAAGUCGACUCCAUGCGGACGACGUUGAUUUGGACGACGUCGCACGACUGAUGGUCGAACAAGGUCAACUUGGAACCGCCAGACAAUCCAAAACGCGAGGGGCGUCGUUGGGUCCUCUGGACGACGGAGAAUUAUCUGGUCCUGACGAGGACGAUGGAUCUGUGACAACCGAUGCGUCUGAACGAGGCGAAGAGUUUGCAUCCCAUCCGGUGGAUCCAUCUGCCGUUGGACGUGCGGACUCGGCAGCAAUAGCCACCCGGAAUGAUCACAGCAUCCACUCGUUGUCCUCUGCUGUUGUCGACACAUUUCACAGCAACCACGUGACCACGUCCGACCAUUCCCCGCUGAGUGGCGACAGCGACGAGCUGGGCAGCUCUACUCAGAGCAUCUUGUCAUGUCGAGAAGUACGCCUUUCUGCACAGAGUAUUCCCUCGUUCGGAUUCAACCAACCAGGUCAGCACACCAAACCAAAUAUCACAUUAUCCGGCGACGCACUGUCGAUUCAUGUACCAAGCCCCGUGGACGACAAAGAUGGCGAUAUCUUACAAGACAGCUUUAGCGAUCAGGACGAAUCUGUCGACUUAUCGAGGGGCGAGGACGGUAUAUUGUCUGGAAAAAACGAUAGCAGUCUCCACACGUCCAGUCCCCUAGCAGCUGCAGACCUGAACCAAGGAGGCAAGACUCCAACGUCGCUUCAUGGAGAGGCUCCAUUGGAUUCAUUGCGUUCCCAGACGUUCAGUUUUCAAACCGGCUUGUCUUCCAGAGACGUUGACACGGACGAAGUGGAGCGACGGAUGAUGGACAAAACCCAAUACUCGGCACGAGCAUUCGGCGAUGCAAGCGAGUUGAAAGGCAGUGCGCCGGACGACGACGUAGCAUCCGCGGACGAAGAGUUAUCGGACCCUGACGACGAUGGCGAGUCACCCGAUACCGUUGGUACAUACGAUGUUCAUGGUGGUAAAGCGCUUGUCACACAAAAAGCUGGUGAUCAUGCUCGCGUAUUAUCACACAAUUCCACUCAAAGUGGUCCAGUCGAUCCUCGUUCGUCUGCCAACGCAAUGGAAUCACUUGGCCUUGAUGAUCACAGCGACGACGACGACAAUGACGACGAAGAUGAACAUCAUGUGAUGUUGGAUAAUACAUCCGAUAAUACUGGACACGGAGUCACUGCUUCACGAGCCCACCAAUUUGGCCUUUCGCUCAAUGAUCAAGAUGAUUUGGACGCUUUAUCAGACGACGACGACAUCGUGGAUAGUUCUCCCGACGGUCGGGAUCCAACGCAGGCGGGUGUGGGUGAAAGGGUCGAAGACCGAGCAAUCACGGCGUCGGACGUCCGUCGUCCUGAGACCGAUGAAAUACAAAGAGACAACCUUCCGUCUGUCACCGUGGAACCGUCGAAGGAGCUGUCGCCAGGCAAAUCGCCGCCUCGGUUGUCGCCAAAGUUGGCUCCACUCGACAAAAUGUCGUGGCGUGGCCUGCCCCGUAUCGCGUCCGACUUGGCUCACUUGGAGCACUUAACAUUGAAUGGAUCGCCGCCUCUGGCGUCAGUUCCCGGCCGUGAUGAUGAUGAUUUUGACGAAGUGAGUGGUCCAGAUGACAGCGUCGAAGGAUCCGUUGACGAUAACAGUCACGAAAACGACCAUGAGGAACGCAACCAAAACGAUGUCAACGAGGAUGGCAACGACGAUGAUGCAUUGCCUUCAUUUGGUGAUGCUGUGCCACCGCACCCUUCGGUCGUCACAUUGUCCACGGCAGGGCUACAGUACGUAGCCACGAGUGACAUGCUUCUUCCGCACGACAACGAUGGAUUGGAGAAUUCGCUGGAUUUGGAACAUAGUUUCGACGCCAGCGACGACGACAUGGACGACGUCACCCAGCACUCGAUGGACAACGUGUCCGAUGGGGACGAGAUUCACCACGGAGCAGCUCAAGUAGACCUCCCAUCACGACGUUACGACGCGGCGUUGGAUGUGUCCUCGGAUGGCGAUGCUAUGGAACGUAGCCGUGACGAUAGUAGUGCCGACGACACGAGCCCAUCAAAACCAAUGUCAAUAUCCUUGAGUCAGCGCCUCAUUCAAGCCAAACUGCGCACGUUGGAACCAAAACCAGAUUUGACCCAACGAAUAGAAUACACCGAGCACGACAGUCCGUCGUGCUCGGUGGAAGGUUCCAUGGAAUUAAGCCACGAGCUCGAGCCUGUAGACGCAACGAGUGAUGACGAAAACGAGGACAGAGAUGACGAGAGCGAAAACGAUGUGGUGACUCAAACACCACGGACAUCAGUCGAUUCAAAUCUUCGGGACCAAACACUCGUACCGACUGACAUUCCCUCGACGAUCCCCACAAGGCAUGCACACGAUGACGACGACGCUGAAGUUGAGGAACUCAUGCGCGGCCAUAUUUCGGGUUCAACCGUCAAACAAGCCUAUGGUGUGACUGGGAUGACCCCUGUGGUAUCAAGUGGAAUGACAUCAUCACCCUGGAUGCAAAACGCAUCUACCCUCUCUACGCAAUCCCAGAGAGACCCGUACAGCGCCGUGAAUGGUCGAGAUGAUCUGGAGGAUUCGAACGACGACUACGAAAGCUACGUCACACAAGCAACAAGCGGCAAUAAAAUUGUAUCGUCUGACUUGGCCACAUCCCAUGUAAACAACGAAAGUGACGAUAUGGAGGCUCUCAUGCAUGAGAAUUUGUCGACCAUUGCGUUCAAAGCCCAUGGAACUCAAGGGGCGGCGUCCCCAUCGAUAUCGCUGGGUCCUGCUUCAUCCAUUUCUCAGGAUGGAGUAAAGAACAACGACAAAACCCUCUCACACGACUUAUCACACGACGGAAAUGUCCCAACUGGCCAUGUUCGCACAACAACUCCAUCGACCACAAGCCACACAAGCGAUGACGAGGACGAGGUGGAGGCACUCAUGCGUGGUCACAUCCCGACCCCAGCCGCCAAAGCGCAACGAACGAUGGGGAGACUAGAAGCUGCUCAGUCGCUUACUCGGGAUGCCUUGACACUCCCCGCGAGUCGACAGAAUACUCCGUAUAGAAACGCGGACGAAGGGGUAGACCUAGACGAGUCACAAGAUGACGUGGCUUCGGACCAUGCGAGUGAUGACAGUGGUCCAAGUCCGUUGAAAAAGCUACCAAACGGCAAUGUCGCCAUGCCCACUGGAAAACGGCCCUUGUCUGCACUACGAUCCCUGCCGCAAUCAAAACUGUCACCAUUGCAACCCCUGUCCAAAUUGCCUCUUCCGAGUGUAGUGUCAUCUCUCGGGCGGCGGAACUUCGCCGACGACGAGUCGUUGGAUAACGACGAACAACCACUCGGACCCAAAGUCAUCAUUCACAGCAACUUUGACGACGAUGAGGACGAGUUUGGUGCGAGUGCAAGCGACCACUCAAUAGUUGUUGCCAACCAGUCCAUGGAAGCUGCCGACAACCUGUCGCCACCGCUGUCACCACAUGCAAUCACCACCACACCAUCUGGUCAUGAUGUGCAAAUCCUUGAAGGAACAGUUUCGCCCCAGUUGGAACUACACAGAACGACCCCAAGCUCACCCCCCACCUCCCCAAUCCCACAAACCAAUGCGUACGUCACAUCUGACAGGAUUUCAACGGCGACCACCGCAGCCCCAUCCUCACCACCGCGGUCUCCUUCGCGCCGACACGGCACCACAGACGACGACGACGACGGCGCGUACUCCGACUCGUUUGAGUUUGAAGAGUCUGUAGCAUCCGAUGAGGAAACGUCAUAAUCACAUCAUGGAGCGUAUAGUACUAUCACCC